CAGAUGUUCCGGGUGCCCUUCGUCAUGGGGCCGCAGGAGCGGCUCGUGGAGGACGCCGCGGCGCAGCGGCUGUCGGUUGAUGGCGCAGGCAGCCCUGCGAGUGGCUCCGACGAGGAAGCGGCUGCCUCCGCGGCGGACCCCUGGGGCCUGGAGCGCCGCGGGGACGACAUAGAGGGGCUGGGCUGCAAUGUUGGCUCCGAGGUCGCCAGGCUGCGGCACGUGAGGCUCACCCACCAGGCGAUGACGUACUGGCAGUCCUACGACGCGUUCGCCCGGAUCUCCUUGAGCGUCGGCACCAACCAGCUGCUGCUGGCGCUGACCUACUACAUGCUCGGGUACAUUCUCGUGGAGGCCGGGUGUCGUACUGCGGCUACCUACGGCGUCAUUCUGCUCGUCGUCCUGGCGGAAGCCCUGGCGAGGCUGGACAUGUCGCUGAAGGUGUGGCAGUUGCGGACGAUCCAGUUCCUCCUCGCCUACGGCCCGAUGAUCAGCUGCAUCGCCGCCUACCACUGGAGCCUCUCCAACUUCGAGAGCGCCCGCCUGGCGGAGGGGCUGGUCAUAUCCGCGUUCGCGGCGCACGGAAUCUUGCUCGGGCUCAUCGUGAUGUUCUGCCGCAUCCAGCCGCAGAACAACGGCACCCUCUUGCCCCAUGCGUUCCGAUCGGUGCUCUACUUGGACGUGUUCGGGUGGGUGAAGCAGACCGGCGCGGCAGAGGGCCGGGCGGAUAUCUACGGAGGCGGUCGAGACUCCCCCGUCGCAGAGCCCAGCCGCGCUUUCGACAUGCAGGUGGAGUACGAUGACAUGGAGGGCGGCGCGCACAUCGCGCGGCCCGCCCUGGAGUCGAUCAAGUACCAUGGGAAUAGACGUGUGACCUUUGACCCUGUGGUGUUGAUCCGCUCGCCUGCCCAGGAUCAGCAGGAGCGGGUGGCCACGACGGAGAAAAACAGAGGCGCCAUGAGCCUCCGUGGCUCCAUCGCGUCCUCCUUGUGGCAGGACCUGGACUCGGCCCGAGAGGGCACCGCCAACAGUUCGCCUGUCUACGCCGCAACGGGUGCGCCCAACAACGUGCAGAGGCAGCAGCCCGUGCUGCUGGAGGACGUCUUCCAGCUGCUGCGCGCGGAGCGCGCGGCCACGGACGCCGCGCUCGCCGAGGUGCGGAAGCAGCUCGACUGGCGCUUCGUGCACUUCGCCGAGGAGUUCAAGGUGCGCGUGGACGGCCUGGACAGCCGCAUCGAAUGCCUGGAGGGCCGUGCUGGCACCAACGACGACGCGCGGCGCGGCCGCGGCACGGCGCUGGAUCGCUUGAGCGCACCGAGCGGGCCCUCGGGCUGCGCCUGGGCGAGGCCGAGGUGCAGCUCGUGGAGGUGCAGCGCUGGACCGCGUCCUGCGAGGCGCAGCUGCGGGAGGAGAGGCUCAGGCGGGCCGACGCGGAGCGCCGAGCCACAGAGGCGGAGGUUUGGCUCGCCCGCCUCGACUCCCGGCUGGUGGAGACCGAGGCCCGCCUCGCCGUCGGCGCCUCGGAGCUCCUCCGCUCCUCGGUCGACGCGCGGCUCGCCCCUGUUGAGCCGCUGUCGCUGGAGGACCUCGGCUCGGCGCGCUCCCUCGGGGAGGGCACCGCCGCCAUGGCGCCGGCGCUCCGCGGAUUCACGGCCUCAGCAUCGAGGGGUCCUGCGGCCGCGGCACGGGCACGACGCCGUCCACGGCGGCGUCGGCCGGCGCGGCGCGGCGGGCGGCCGCGGGAUGGGACGCCCAGUACUCUCCACUGGACAGGUCUCGGGCGACCACGGCGGGCAGCAGCGAAUUUUCGCCGUGCUGGAGGGGGGACACCACGGGCCCGGCGGCACACGAGCGAGCGCGAGCCGGGCGGCGCGCGCUGGAGUGAACGCUGCGGCGCGCGGCGGUCCCGUUGAUCAUCGGAGGUCGUCAGCGAACUCCACAUGUCUCACUGAAGGAGGGGCGGUCACAGCCCCGCCAGGCGAGCCAGUGUAG